AUAUUCAUGCUGCUCCCCUAGUGAUCUGGAGACGACGUGCCGGGUAGUCAUGUGACCGCGUUCGGCGAAAUUCCAUCCUAUGCUUUUUGUUGCGGACUUCCGACAGCACCUCUCCCAUCCACGGCGGCUCGCUCCUCGACAACAUGCUUAUGGUGAGGGCACGCAUGUUCUGGGGCCACGCACCUCGCGUGCGGUCCCUUGCUUCACUGCGCAGGACCUUCGCCACUGUCAAUCCUGCCGAACGUCAACCUUACGAUGUGAUAGUCAUAGGCGGAGGCCAUGCCGGCUGCGAAGCUUCCGCUGCGGCGGCUCGAUCGGGCGCUCGAACAGCCCUCGUGACUCCUAAACUCGAUAACCUGGGUGUGUGCUCAUGUAACCCUUCAUUCGGCGGCAUUGGCAAAGGCACGAUGCUUCGCGAGAUUGAUGCGCUCGACGGUGUCGUUGGGCGCAUUGUGGACAAAGCGGGUGUACAGUUUCGGGUCCUGAACCGAAAGAAGGGUCCGGCGGUUUGGGGCCCUAGGGCACAGAUUGAUCGGGCGCUGUACAAGCGGUACAUGAGGGAAGAGAUGGUCAAUUACAAGAAUCUGAGUGUCGUGGAGGGGAGUGUGGCUGACAUAAUUGUGGAUAAGGAGGGUGUUAAGGAGGAAGGGUCGUAUGGCAAAAUCACAGGAGUGAGGCUGGAGGGUGGCGAGAUCAUUCCGACAGGGCACGUCGUGAUUACCACUGGGACGUUUCUCGGUGGCGAAAUCCAUAUCGGUCUCGAAGCCUAUCCGUCAGGCCGCAUGGGCGAGGCUGCAACGUUCGGAUUGAGCAAGUCCCUUCGAGAGGCAGGUUUUACGCUUGGCCGCCUAAAGACUGGAACCCCACCGCGACUGGACAAGAAGACCAUCAAUUUCAAGGUAUUGGAAGCGCAGGAGGGCGACAAUCCGCCAAUGCCAUUCAGCUAUCUGAAUGACCGCGUGCAGGUAGAGAACCAGCUACUGAACUACCAAACGCGCACCAACGAAGCCACCCACGACAUCAUCCGCAACAACCUUGACAAGUCCAUCCACAUCCGUGAAACCGUCAAGGGGCCCCGAUACUGCCCAUCCCUCGAAUCCAAAGUCAUCCGCUUCACGGACAAGACGUCGCACAUCAUCUGGCUCGAACCUGAAGGCUUCGACAACGACAUCAUCUACCCGAACGGCAUCUCCAUGACCGUCCCCGCCGACGUCCAAGAAGCCAUGCUGAAAACCAUCACGGGCCUCGAAAAUGUAACCAUGCUCCAACCGGGCUACGGCGUGGAAUACGACUACGUGGAUCCACGCAACCUGCGCUCCACGCUCGAAACGAAAAACAUCUCCGGUCUCUUCCUCGCCGGCCAAAUCAACGGCACAACGGGUUACGAAGAAGCCGCGGGUCAAGGCGUCAUCGCAGGCAUCAACGCGGGUCUCGCCUCCCAGGGGAAACCGCCGCUCGUCCUCACGCGCGCCGACGGCUACAUCGGCAUCAUGAUCGACGACCUCAUCACCAAGGGCGUCUCGGAGCCCUACCGAAUGUUCACCUCGCGCUCCGAAUACCGCAUGUCCGCGCGCGCCGACAACGCCGACACGCGCCUCACCGCCAUGGGCCGCGCCGCGGGCGUGGUGACUGACCGGCGGUGGACGGCCUUUAACGACGAAGCCGAGCAGAUUGCCGCCCUGACCAAGCUCCUCCAGGCCAAAUCGAUGGGCUGGACGAGCUGGAACGCCCACGGCUUCAACGUACGUAACGACUCGUCCAAGCGCUCCGCCUACGACCUCCUCCGCAUGGCCAACACGACGUGCGCUUCCCUCGUCGACGUCGUCCCCGAAAUCUCGCAGUUCUCCCCCCGCAUCCGGAACCGCGUCGAGAUCAACGCCGCGUACGCGCCCUACGUGGCGUACCAGGCCGCGGCGCAGCAACGCUGGCUCCGCGACGAAGGGCUCAAGUUACCGCUGGAUCUCGACUACGAGGCCAUCUUCGGGCUGAGCUUCGAGGAGAAGCAGGCGCUGAAAGCGGCGAGGCCCGAGAGCGUGGGGCAGGCGAGACGGGUCGAAGGAGUGACGCCGACGGGGGCGUUGCGGUUGCUGCAGUUUGUCAAAGGGGUGGGGAGGGAGGAGGUGGAGGCGAGGAGGAGGGAGGAGGAGAUGGCGAGGAAGAUGGCGUUUCGGGAGGUGGUGGGGAAGGAGAUGAUGGCGUAGAUUGGAGUAUGCACGGAUGGAUGGAUGAAUCUGCAUUUGCGUGGCGUUUUGUUUGGCUUGGAAUGGGUUGGGUUGGGUUGGAUGGAUUGAUCUUAGGUUGGUAAGGAGACUCCGGAGGCAUCUGUAUAAAAGGGGCUGUGUGGAUAUGGGACAUUGGAUGUAACAUCUUACUGUAUAAUACGAGCGCGAACCUGUACACAUAUCAGUUGAUAUUGGCGGCAGAAUGCACGUAUUAUAUGCACUACUGUAUUCAACUUCACAUUUCUGAGUUAGUUUUCGUGAACAUUUCUGGUCGUGCGAAUAGCACUUUGAGCGAGCGGUAAAUAUAGCCCGUAGUACGCAGGCAAGACUACAG